AACGAACAAACAUGAGCUUGACGCUGCUUCAAGGCUAUUCUUCUGCUGAAGAAGAAGAAGCAGAGGAGAGAGCUUUUGGGGAUUACGACAACUCCGACGAAGAUGGGGAUAAUGAUGUUCGGAGAUAUGAAUCGUCUUCUGUGUUUGAUUUCUCUGCAUCUGCCUCCUCCGCUAAAAACGCCGGCCUUCCUUCAGCUGACGACGUUUUCUCUCAGAUUUCAGGGCCACCGGAGUUUCUAAACAACCGCACAGAAGCAGAUAAUGAAGCUUCAGCUAGAGAUGCAGAACAUGCAAAUCGUAUUAGUCGCAAAAAGAAGAAAGUUAAACCAAAAGGUGUUGUCAUGGAAGCAAAACCUCAACUAGUAGGAAUCCAUGAGAGAGUAAGAAACGAUAUUGAUGCACCCCCAUCUUCAGAGAGUGGUGAAAAGCGGAUAUCUACUGCAACCAAUCCUAAUGCAGAAGAAUCUGCAGAUCUCUUGAGGAUGUGUGUGCAAUGCGGUGUACCGAAAACAUAUACAAGCGCAAGAGGAAUGGUAUGCCCGAUUUGUGGUGACCGGCCAUUACCGGACGUAGACGCGAAGAAGAAAGGCUCUACGAUCAAAGAUAAAGAGAAGAGCAAAAGAAUGAGAGGACAAUCUUCUCACGCUUCUUGGAAAAGUGAAACCGAGAUGCAGCUUAGGCAAACUUUCGAUUAGUGUUUCUUUUACCUUUUACUACAUUUGUACCAUCCAAAUCCAAUUUCUGUAACGUAGCUUGUGACACAAAGGUUAAUCUUAUAAUUUGCUUCGGAAUGUCUAAUUUCAUCAUUAUUGAAAUAUAUAUAUUUAUGAGAUCAUCAAAUAUUUAUUGGAAAAUAAAACCCUAAAAUUCGCUAUUUUGAAAAAAAGAGAGUAAAUACACAGCAGAAUAUUUUAUCGCAUUACAAAACGAACUAACAUCUUUAUCUACAGAAUUGCUAUGUCUCUACUUCUUCCUCUACUUAACAACUUGAACAGAUUACAAAGGUAAAGAACAUAUCUUAAAGACCUGGUUCGAGCAACCAGGUGUACAAUCAGGUUCGAGCAACCAGGUGUACAAUCAGGUUCGA